AUGGCUUCAUUGAGAAAUGAAAGUUGGUCAUGUGUGCUGAAGCAGCCAACCAGAAACGCGCAAAUCUAUGAAAUGAGUUCAAAGAUUGAGGAUAUGUUGGAAUGGAAAGGUGAUUAUCUAAAACUAGAAAGCGAACAUAAUUACAUACAAUGGUCAAAACACAACCAAUUACGAAUUACAAGAAUCAUUAAAUCGCUAGGAGAGUUGGGUUGGAAACAUCUACAGAAGCCUUGGUUACAAUUUAUGAUACGUGAAGCAACAAUAAAUCAAGUUCUACCUGAACUGAAUAAUAAAACCACUAUGGAUCACUUCAUCCGUGCUUUAAAAGCAAAAGAAGAUAAAGAGGAGACAAAUAAAUUGUUAGCUAAAUUGAACGAUCUGCAACAUAAAAACACAACUGAAGUUGAUAAGAACGAUGGUAAAGUUGCUGCUAAAAGCAGUUAUAAAGAUUUUAAAGAUGAUGAAGGAAGUGAAGACAACAGUGUAAAUGAUAAUGAAGUAACUGAAGGCAAUGAAAAUCACGAGGGCGUUGUAGGUGACGAAAAGAGUGAUCAAGAAGAGCAUACGAGAGAAUUACGAAUACAGGCUUAA